CACUGCAUAAACAGGAUAACUAGGCGGAGUGAUGUGCAGUCGAAGAAGAGUCGGCGUUGGUGAAGGUUGCAAGUGGCAAAGUAGUAGUGGUGGAACACUUCGGCACGUCGCACAUUUGCCAUUUCUCUCCCAGUCUCCUCAAUGGCAUUAGAAGGUAAACGGAUAACGGCGUCCCAGGCUAUAUCGGAAUCUGGAUCACUCUCCGUCAACCCCAACAAUAAUAAUAACAACAACAAUAACAACAAAGACAGCGAAGGCACCGACAGCACGAAUACAUCGUCGUCCACCACGGAAACCAGUGGGGCUGAAACGCAGACCAUCGGGAACGGCCCGGGAAUCAACACGUCCAGCAGCAGCGGUAACAAUGGCAAAUGGGUCCGACUCAACGUCGGUGGCACAGUGUUCCUCACAACGCGACAGACACUGCUCAAAGAGCAGACUUCAUUCCUCUACCGCCUGUGCCAGCAGCAAGACUUGCAUUCGGACACGGAUGAGUCGGGUGCCUAUGUGAUCGACCGAGACCCCACCUACUUUGGGCCCAUCCUCAACUACCUGCGGCACGGCAAGCUGGUCUACAACAAGGAGCUGGCGGAAGAAGGGGUCCUGGAAGAGGCAGAGUUCUACAACAUUACGCCGCUCAUCAAACUCAUCAAAGAGAGGAUCCUGGAACGCGACAGCAAGACGACCCAGCAGCAGGUGCCUCCUAAGCAUGUCUACCGGGUGCUGCAGUGCCAGGAGGAGGAGCUGACCCAGAUGGUGUCCACCAUGUCCGACGGCUGGAAGUUUGAGCAGGUCAGCGUUCGAGCCUGCCGAAAGCCCCGCCCCGGACUGCUCUGGACUAUGGUAAAUAUCGGUUCGUCGUAUAGCUAUGGGACGGAAGACCAGGCUGAGUUCCUGUGCGUGGUGUCCAAAGAGCUGCACACGCCAGGGGGAGGACUGGGCACUGAGCAGGGCCACAAGACCAAGCCAUCGGAGGCACAGGAGGAGGACACUGCCAGAAAACAGGAGCAGGAGGAGGAGGAGGAGGAGCAGGAGCAGGAGGAGGGGCAGAGAAAUGCCCGCCCCCAUGAGUGGAUUAGGGACUAGCAGAGACACGCCCCUAGAGCACUCACGCACCCCCCCACACAAGCACAGAUGGCUUUUUCAGAUUCACGGAUCCCGGAUGUAAAAAGGCAGACAGGCAUUUCUUUAUUUAUUUUUGUUUGUCUGUCUGUUUUUUUCCUUUUUCAAGACUUCUCCUCGUUUGUCUGCAGAUGUUUCAUAGCUGUAGUGAUGUAUUACAGCUCUAGUUCAGGUUCUUGUAUAUCGAGACAUCAGUUACAAAAUCUGUAUAAAGAUCCAUUUGAAGACUUAGUUAAAAGAAAAAAAGAGUAUUUGACCUCUAGAAAUAUGAACCAAAAAGGAAAAAAAAAGUCAAAACGUUAUAUUGGUUCAUAUGAGGGAAGAAACGAAUGUAGAUUUUGCCGGAAGAGGCAAGCACAUCUUAGUAACACGUCUUCCACCAAAGAGAGGGGGAGUACCCAGUCUGAUUGGCAGCUAGCACUGUAAGAGGGAGGAGAGAGAGAGGAGAAAGAGAGGAGAAUGAGAAAGAAAACUGCAGUACAGAGAACACGUAUAAUGUUGACGAGAGAGAGAGAGAGAGAGAGAGAGACUACUGCUGUAGCUGGAGAGACUGAGGGAGAGAGAUAUGGAGGAAGAGCAGGAGCGGGAGAUGCAGAGAGGGAGAGAGAUGCAGAGGGAGAGAGAGAGCACAGAAAGACAGCUCCAGGCCAAAACUCCGCAGCCGGUUAGAUGAACACAGUGAGAGGUGUUUGUGUGACGUCAGCACAAGUGUAGUGGGCGCCCAGAGCUCACUGCUGCACACCAGAAGACCUUUGGCAGCACACCACUCAAGUCCCUGGAGACUAGAGGUUUAUACCAUGUUACACUUUCAGCACAGCACCCAAGUCCCUGAAGACUAGGUUUAUACCAUGUUACACUCGCAGCACACCACCCAAGUCCCUGAAGACUAGGUUUAUACCAUUUUACAUUUGCAGUACACCACCCAGACCCUGAAAACUAGGUUUAUAUCAAGUUACUACAUUCGCAGCACAUCACCCAAGAUCCUGAAGACUAGGUUUAUAUUAAAUUACUUCGCAGCACAGGCACUCAAGGCAUUUCAGCACAAGCAUCUCCCGCAUGAUACAAACUCUAGUGUCAGUGUGCACCUGAAGACCAUAUUUAUACUAUGUUACAUUUGCAGCACAGGCACUCAAGGCAUUUCAGCACAAGCAUCUCCGCAUGAUACUCUACAGUGUCAGUGUGCACCUGAAGACCAUAUUUAUACUGUUACAUUUGCAGCACAGGCACUCAAGGCAUUUCAGCACAAGUAUCUCCGCAUGAUAAAAACUCCAUAAUGGCUCCAUAUCAACACACUCAGGUAGUCACACAGGCUUUGUCACAAACGUCACCCCUCAACAAUCCCAUUAUGACACAAACAACAACUCUGUCAGACUACGUAAAGGACAAUGUCGUACAUACUGUAACUCCAUGUUUGUCACAUUGUGUCAGUGCAAUUGGAAUUGGGUCAAACUGGAUGUCCGGGCAAGAAAUAACCUUGUUAUUUGUGAGUUUUAUUUAGGUUUUUGGUUUUUUUUAAAGUCAUUUUUGUUUUUAUUGAUUUGGAUCUUUCCAAAAAUGCGACCAAUCUCACAUGUUUGUUUUCUCUAUUAUUAUUGAUUUGAGUUGCUUCUGGAAAGUAUGCCACGUCUCCUCCAACUGUCAUGCUUUAUCAUCGACAUGGUGUCCCAGGGGUCUCCAAGGACUGUACAUUGCAGUAGCUACCAUAGAAACCACAAGUCUAUUAGGUACCUUACUAAUUUCAGUUGACAACGACAACAACAGCAUGCAGACUGCCUAAUGACAUGUCUGUAAGCGUAAUCGGGGGCAUCGAUCACCUGCGUGUCCAGCAGGGGUCCUCGUUAGCUGGCAUGCGGAUUGGGAGGGUAUGGGGCGUCAGGGCCGGAUUAUGGAGGGUCUGGGCCUCGGGGCCAGGAUUUUGCAAAGGGCCCCCAGUGGCCCAGUUGUACUGAUUGCCAUCCCUAUCCCACCCCGCCCAAUUUUUAUCACCCUUUUCUUUCGGUUCUCUUCAGAUACGCCCUAUAACCGGGUGAGUCGUUAUAAGAUCCUAGAGAAUAGAGGCCCUCCAGUUGGCACCGGCACCAGCAUCGGCAAUGAGUCCCCCUUGGGCCCCUGGGCGCCAGCCCCACUGGCCCGGUCUGUAAUACGGCCCUGUAUGGCAUGUAUUCGCCAUGCUCCUGAUUUUGACACCCCAUUAGCGGCUCCAUGUGUGAGCUCCCUGUGAAUAUGAUUUGGGGCAUCGAUCACAGUCCUGGUCCGUCAGUGUGCCCGGCAGGAGUCCUAAUUGGUGGCACGGGCAGGCGGGCGCUGUGAGGCUGUGAGGCUGCAGGCGAGCAGGUUGUCGAGCCCUGAUAUUAUUGGGAACACAGUUAGGGCUGAUAUCAAAUAGGUUUUGAUGUGUCAAUUCAGAUUUAGAAUCUAAGCCUCUUCUAGUUGGUGCUGCUUUUUAAGUGUUCAAUUAGCACUACAACAUUUGCUGUGUACUACCUUCCAUAGAAACACACACUCAUUUGUUAGUAGCUCAGAAACAACAGUCUUUAAAAAGUUAGUAUUUACAGUACACAAACGUUGACAACAAUGACAUCAAAAAGUGGAUCCUUGAUAACACGCCGCCUGUGCCCAUGGGCCUGAUCCACCUGCUGGCUCUUGAUUGAUGGUGGAUUGGUUGACAACGCCCUGUGUGUCUGGCACUGCGGGGGUCCUGAAGAGUAUUUAGGCGGCCAUUUUGGCAAGCCCUUCGUUUGACAGCCCCCCCCCCCCCACACACACACACACACACACAUACACACACACACACACACACUGCCAGCUCCAUCUGUGUCAGCACCCUGAAGGCACCCCACUGAUUGUGCAUGCAGGCAGCUGUUGCUGUGCCCAGGGCCUACUGGCAGCUUUGGCCUGGCCCAUCUGGCCAUCUGAAAGGCCCAUCCACCCAAUACAUACAAUGUAAUGAGGACCCAAUUCCUGGGCCCGGGACAACUAAGCCCUUCGCCCCCCUGCUGUUGGCUUCCCUGUCCCUGGCUGUACCACCAUGCCAGCCAAAAGGUCCUGUGGCACCCAGUCACUCCCUCACAAGUCCCUCCAUGCAUGCAUGCUGCCUGGUGGCCAGAUGAGGAAGCUUUUACAGCAGCGGUUGGCAAACUCAGCCCAGGGUCCACAUGCGGCCCGCUGAACAAUUUCAGCCAGCCCAUGCAGCCUUUACAAGAAAGACGACAAUUUUUUAAAUCCAAAGCAUUACUCUCACCGAUCAUUCUCAAAAUGGCUUGGGUCUUGGGGGUUUGGGAUGUAUCACGCCUACAUCUAAAUAUUACGAUGUGCAGGAGUGAAAUAGCCAACAAAUUAUGUCCACGUACAUCGCUUAUAGUGGGGAAAAAUAAGUGUACAUUAUUUCUUGUUUAUACAGGGAAGCUGCCUGUUGUGAAGGAGUGAAAUAGUUGGCAAAUUUGAUGGGCUGCCACGUCAUGUGGAAGACUAAGGAUAUACUGUGGAUACGGUAGCAUGGGUAGAACAGAAGCCAUGUUGUCUUGUAGACUGAAUAGCAUGGCGUACGAGAGAGGUAGGCCUAGCCUGGUGAAAUAAAACCAGCCCAUCGUACUGCUUAAUGGGGGGGUAUACUAAGAAGUGAGAACAUGAUUAAGUGAUGUACAGUAGCAUGAGAGACUGCUGGCAGUGUGGAGCACAGAUAUUUAUAUUCAUUUUUUAUUUUAUUGUUAUUAUUUUAUUUUUGUUAUUUUAUUUUUGUAUUUGGCAGUAUCACAUUUUGUCUGUUGACAUCAAAGAAAUGUAUAUUAUUUUUUUAAGAGGUUGUCAAUCUAUCUAAUUUCUUGGUGUGAUCAAGCGUAUUUGUAAUGCCAUUUUUCUUGUGUGUGCAUUUCAUUCUGUAUUUCAUUGGGCAGUGGCUGUAAGAGCUGAGCUGCCCUGCCUCCGCUGCAAAUCCUGUGCACGGGGGCCAUAAUUCAUUUGUCAUCCCAGCCGGGAGCUGACACUACUGGGUCAAUCAAUUCACAUUAUGCCCCUGCCAUGGAGCCUACAGUACAUAGCCAUCCAUCACUGGCCCUGCCCAAGUUAAACCACAUCAGAUUAAUGGCUAACGCCCAGUUGUGUGUGUGUGUGUGUGUGUGUGUGUGUGUGUGUGUGUGUGUGU